AUGGAGGCUUACCAGGUAGGAAUGAAAGUUAGGUCCUACGUAAAGAUGCGUUGUUCUCUUAAUAUAACAACCAAACAGAUCAUGCAAGAAUUUAAAUCUAAAAUAAUAGACAUUCUGAAGAUAGAUAUAGAAGGAUGGGAAUGGGACGCCUUGCCAAAUAUGCUUCAGACGGGAGCUGUGAGAAAUGUUAAACAACUUUGCAUAGAAAUACAUUUUGGGUUCAGUUUUAAGGAGGUUAUCCCCCCUCCCCCCCCACCCCCAACCCCCCAAACCCCACCCCAACCCCCAAACCCACCCCCCAACCCCCCCCCCCCUAACCCUCCCCCCAAACCCCAACCCCCCCCUCCCCCCCCCCCCCCCCCCCCCCCACCCCAACCCCCCCCCCCCCCCCCCCACCCCCCCCCCCCCCCCCCACCCCCUCCCCCAAACCCCCCCCCCCCCCCCCCACCCUCCCCCCCACCCCCAAACCCCCAACCCCCCACCCCCCAAAACCCCCCCCCCCCCCUCCCCCCCCCCUCCCCUAAACCCCCCCCCCACCCCCUCCCCCCCCCCCAAACCCCCCCCAAACCCCCCCCCCCCCCCCAAACCCCCCCCCCACCCCCACCCCCUCCCCCAACCCCCCCCCCCACCCCCCCCCCCACCCCCACCCCCCCCCAAAACCCCCCCCCCCCCCCCCAACCCCCCCCCCCACCCCCCCCCCCACCCCCCCCCCCCCCCCCUCCCCCCCCCCCCACCCCCCCCCCACCCCACCCCCACCCCCCCCCCCCCCCCAAACCCCCCCCCCCCCCCCCCCCUCCCCCAAACCCCCCACCCCCUCCCCCAAACCCCCCCCCCCCCCCCCCACCCCCCCCCCAAAAACCCCCCCCUCCCCCCCCCCCCACCCCCCCCCCCAAACCCCCCCCCCAAACCCCCCCCCCCCCCCCCACCCCCAAACCCCCCCAAAACCCCCCACCCCCAAAACCCCCCCCCACCCCCCACCCACCCCCCCCCCCACCCCCUCCCCCCCCCCCAACCCCCCCCCCCAACCCUCCCCCAAAACCCCCCCCCCCCCCACCCCCCCUCCCCCUCCCCCAAACCCCCCCCCCCCACCCCCACCCCCAAAACCCCCCCCCCCCCCCAACCCCCCCCCCCCCCCCCACCCCCACCCCCCCCCCACCCCCAAAACCCCCCCCCCCCCCCCCCACCCCCACCCCACCCCCCACCCCCCCCCCCCCCCCCCCACCCCCUACCCCCCCAACCCAACCCCCCCCCCCUCCCCCCCCCCCCACCCCCCCCCCCACCCCACCCACCCCCUCCCCCCCAAACCCAAACCCCCAAAAACCCCCCCCCCCUCCCCCCUCCCCCCCCCCCCCCCAAACCCCACCCCCCCCCCCUCACCCCCCCCCACCCCCAAACCCCCCCCCCCCACCCCCACCCCCACCCCUCCCCUCCCCCCCCCCCAAACCCCCCCCCCCCACCCCCACCCCCCCCCCCCACCCCCACCCCCCCCCCCCCCCCCCUCCCCCCAAACCCCCCCCCCCCCCCCACCCCCCACCCCCCCCCCCACCCCCCCAACCCCCCCCCCCACCCCCUCCCCCCCCCACCCCCAACCCCCCCCCCCCCCCCACCCCCACCCCCAAAACCCCACCCCCAACCCCCCCCCCUCCCCCCCCCCCCAACCCCCCCCCCACCCCCACCCCCCCCCCCCAACCCCCCCCCCCCCCCCCCAAACCCCCCCCCCCCCCCCACCCCCCCCCCCAAACCCCCCCCCCCAACCCACCCCCCACCCCCCCCCCCCCAACCCCCCCCCCCCCCCCCCCUCCCCCCCCCCAACCCCCCCCCCCCCCAAACCCCCCCCCCCUUUUUAAACACCCGGACUUUUAA